GAAUUUUCCGUUUUGAUGGCAAAAAUUACAAUUUUCUGCAAACUUUGACAGUCGAGUAUUUUUUUGCAGCCGCUAGGGUUGCUUUGCUGAUGCUGACGACGAACCAACUUUUGCACUCCCCUUUUUUCUGCAACAGCAAAUCGAUGUUUUGUUAUGAGCACUAUGAACAUUCUAUCGCUGGUGUAGAUCGUACGGAUUGAUAUUUCAAACGAAAAAAGCUAGUACGAAGCUAGUGAUAGUAAUUGUUAAGCAGUACGGUGGAUGUUGCUGCAGUAGUAAACAGAGUGGAAAAGAUUAGACGCUGAACAAACGCGGUAUCAGCGCUUUCUUACGUAUGCGAUAAAGAGGAAAACUACAGCAACUGCGAAGCGAAGAUGGCAGCGAGAGAAAGCAUCGACCUAGAAUGCUUUCUGGUGACAAAACAUUCAUGGAAAGGUAAAUACAAGCGGAUUCUUUCGAUAGGAUCUAACGCAGUGUCUACCUACAAUCUGGAUAAGUUUGAUCUCACAAAUCGCUGGCACUACAAUGAAGUGGUCAGCGCACUGCCGAACAAAACCGGCAAUACUGCGUACGAGUUUGUACUGAAUUUGAGAAAAGACAAAAAGAUAGACACGAUUAAGCUGUCCUCGGAGUACCGCAAUGAAAUUCUUACUUCGCUUUUGAGAAACUACAAGGAAUUUGCGGACAAACCGAAGCAUGUUUUGGAUGAUGUAGAAUGUCCUACUGAGUCCUCCUAUCAGAGUGCCUCCCCGUCUACUGCUAGUGUUAGGCUAAAUAGUUGGAUUAGGAUGUUUGUGUCGUCACUGCUGUUGCAACCGAGUGUCAGCGAGUGUUUGCCGUGCUGUGAGCUCGAAUCCUAUAAAUUCGAUGCCUUCAAGCACCACUGGUCGGGCACGACUCUUCCGGCCGUGCUGGAGGUCACUCCCUGCUCGCUGGACCAGCUGGAUCCGACGACCAACACCGUACUGGCCAGUUACAACUACAAAGACAUCGAUAGCGUGAUCGGUAUUCAGGACUACACCGAUGGGAUCGUGCUUGCCUACGGGGGCCACAGCCGGUUGCAUCUGUUCCGGGUUCACAACCACCACGACGUGGUGCAGAUGAUGGUGAACAAUGCUCAACAGUAUCUAGGUGUCGAGAUAAAAGUGCGCAAGAAUCAAAUCACGCUCGAUCAAUUCGAACGGGAACGAUUCGGUUCGUACAGCGGUGAUCAGCAUCAAACUUCACUGUCGGAGUUUAUCGUUCAAAAGAUCACUCCUCGUCACUCGGAACCGAUGCGUCGGAUACUAUGCCUGACCGACACUACCAUCCUGGAAAGGGACCCACAAACGUACAGCGUUUGUACCUUACGACCAUUAAUCGAAAUCUUCGCUCUCAUUCGUUACGAUGAAAACAUACAGAAAUUUUCCAUUGAAUAUAAAAAUGGAUUAACCAGAUCAUACCUAACAAAUGACCGAGAUUCAUUGCUGGCCACGCUGUUGGAUUCGGUGCGAUCCUGUGGCAACCAGGAUGUUCACGUGCGCAUCUCUAGAACUCCUCGAGGAAAGCGAGUGGGCCCGCUAACCGCACCGGUAGACGAAGAGACUGAGGCCAAUCUGCUGCGCUACAUUAUUAGCUGUUAUCAGUACCCGGUUAAGCGGUUGGAUGUUCUGGAACGAUUUAAUGCAAACAUUCCGUACAGUGGACUGAAUUACAGUGUCACACAAGAGAGUCUAUUUUCUGAAAACAAGGAACGAUUGAUAACGGGAGCCUUGCAAGCCUUGGUUGGCGCUGGUUCGAAGGAAGAUCUCAACCAGUUGAACAAUGUUGACCUCGAGGCUUCAUUUCAUGUACUGCGUCGCUUACUGGCGAGUAAAGUGGGCUUUGCUGCUUUCACAAAUCUUCCGGGCUUUCGCGAAACAAUAGGCUUUCGAGUCGUGCAUGCCCUCAAUCGCAACAAUUUAGCCGUUACAUAUGCAGCAAUCGAUAUGAUUAACUCCCUCAUGCAUCCGAUGCAUGCUGAGUAUGAAUUGAAACAGGAACAGGUGAACAAGUCUUCGCUGCUUCACUCGAAGGGCUUUCUCGAGCAGCUGCUUGACAUGUGGGCCAAACAUGUUAAUCUGGGAUCCGGGGCGCUGGUGUUGUCUGCCAUGCUGGAUUUUCUAACCUUUGCCCUGUGCGUUCCCUACAGCGAAACAACUGAUGGAAAGCAAUUCGAUAUGCUGCUGGAAAUGGUAGCGACGCGUGGUCGUACGCUGUACAAGCUUUUCCAGCAUCCGUCACUGGCGAUCGUAAAAGGCAGCGGAUUGGUUAUGCGAGCAUUGAUCGAGGAAGGUGAUACGGCCAUCUCCAACCAAAUGCAAUCGUUGGCUUUGGACGAAGCAGCACUUUGCCAUCAUCUUCUGGUGGCUUUGUAUACACCGUCGCAUGAUUCUACUAUGGCCACCCACAGGCAGCUGUCGCGGCAUCUGGUUGGACUGUGGAUUACUGAUAGCAAAGAUGCUAUGAAUCUGCUAAGGAGGAUUUUCCCUGCUGGAUUGCUCUCUUUUCUGGAAAGCGAAGACCCCGUACCGAAGGAGGACGUCGAGGAGGACAAGCUCAACUUUCGCGACAAUCUGAAACUGGCGGUACAGCAUUCUAGCAAGAACAAGCGACUGAACUAUCUGAUCGAAAAGCAUCUGGAGGGAAUCAAACAUUGGGGUCUGAAUCUGAUCGAUCGCCAGGAAAAGAUUCAGCAGUCGCAAAAGAAUCGACCGAUCGUGCUGCGCAAUCGCCGCCAGAAGAAGAAGGUCGGCGACGAGGUGAUCAAUCUGCCACUGUUUUUCUACCAGUUUAACAAAAACCAUGCCAUGCCGAAUCUGAUCUGGAACUUGAAAACCCGCGAAGAGCUGCGGGCGGCUCUGGAGAACGAGAUUCGGCAGUUCAAUGCCGAUAAGGAUUUGGCCGGCAGUAUGGUAGUUGCCUGGAACUAUGAGGAGUUCGAGGUGCAGUACCAAUGUUUGGCCGACGAAAUCAAGAUCGGUGAUUACUACAUCCGGCUGCUGCUGGAGCGGGAUGAUUGGCCGCAGAAUUUGGUUAAAAAUCCAAUUGAGCUGUUCAAUGCCCUUUAUCGAAGAGUACUUUGCCGGAAUAGGUUGAAUGACGAUCAACUGACGGUUACGUCUCUACAAGCUUUGGCUAAAGUGUACAAGCGAUACUAUGAAGAUAUUGGAUAUUUUAGUGACAUAACGUAUAUCCUGCAAAUGUUAGACCGAUGCUUAUCGCCAGCUUUGCGCGAUGCGCUGGUAGGGCUAAUUAAAAACUUAGUACUGCAUAAAUCCAACUGCCGUCCGCUGGUUGAUCACGUCAAUUGCUUAGUCGAUUUGGUGACGUUAGCUCACAUGCACACGGGUCGUGCGAUGCCCAACACAAAAUCUAAUGUUAUCGAAGCGGGUCCCAAUAUGAAACUGCACGAGGAAAAAGAUUGGUAUUACAACGUAGAACGGGAGAAUGAGAAACCGGAACGCUGCGGACCGGUCACUUUUUCUGAGCUCAAAGAACUGUGGAAUAAGGGCGGUCUUUCACCGAGAACACGCUGCUGGGCCGUUGGUAUGGAUGGGUGGCGUUCGCUUCAGCAAAUUCCUCAGUUGAAAUGGUGUUUGAUGGCUAAGGGUUCGCCUUUAUACAACGAAACGGAACUAGCCCAGCAUGUGCUGGAUAUACUUAUCAAGUGUACCAGUUUCUUCCCAAGUCGAGCUCGAGAUGGGGAAGCUGUUCUCAUACCCGGCCCGCGGCUUUCACGAAAAUUAUCGGAGUUUAUUUGUUUACCACAUAUCGUUCAGGUGUGCUUAACGCAUGACCCAGGCCUGUUGGAACGAGUCGCUUCAUUGCUUUGUCAAAUUAUGGAAGACAAUCCGGAAAUGUCAAAAGUCUAUCUCACCGGUGUGUUCUACUUCAUGUUAAUGUACACUGGCAGUAACAUCCUUCCGAUUGCCCGGUUUCUAAAGAUGACGCACAUGAAGCAAGCCUUCCGAAGUGAAGAGACCAGCUCACAGUCGGGCAUUAUGCACCGUAGCAUCCUCGGACAGUUGCUGCCGGAGGCGAUGGUGUGUUUCCUGGAGAAUCACAGUGCCGAAAAGUUUGCUGAAACAUUUUUGGGCGAAUUUGACACCCCGGAAGUCAUCUGGAGUUCGGAGAUGCGGCGAAUGUUGAUCGAGAAGAUAUCGGCUCACAUUGCCGAUUUUACUCCCAAGCUGAAGGGACACACGAUGGCACGAUAUCCGUACCUGGCAAUCCCUGCGAUUAGCUAUCCACAGCUUGAGAAUGAGUUGUUCUGCCAUAUCUUUUAUUUGAGGCAUUUGUGUGACAUCAGGAAGUUUCCCAAUUGGCCGAUACCGGAUCCGGUACAAUUGCUGAAGCAUACGUUGGAUGCUUGGCGUAAGGAGGUCGAAAAGAAGCCUUCGCAAAUGACAGUAACGCAAGCCUACGAAGAUCUGGGCAUCGAUCUGGUAAAGAAUCCACAACCGGACGAAUCUAUCAUUCGUAAAAGUUACUAUCGGCUAGCGCAAAUGUACCAUCCGGAUAAGAAUCCCAAAGGACGGGAAAUCUUUGAGCGAGUGAAUCGUGCGUACGAAUUUCUGUGCUCACGAAGGAGCACCAACGAUGGUCCUAAUCCUGGAAAUAUUGUGCUCAUUCUACGUGCGCAAAGUAUUCUGUUCGACCGCUACGCGGACGUGCUUCGACCGUACAAGUAUGCCGGCUACCCGCAGCUGAUCAAGACCAUCCAGCUGGAAACUAAGGACGAGCAACUGUUUUCAAAGACGGUUCCGUUGUUGAGUGCUGCUUCCGAACUGUGCUAUCACACUGUUCAUUGUUCGGCUCUGAACGCAGAGGAACUUCGCCGCGAGGAAGGCAUUGAAGCUUUGCUGGAAGCCUACUCUCGUUGCGUCUCUAUUAUGGGAGUCGAUUCUCAAAAGGAUUCUCUGCACUAUGAAGUAAUAUCGAAUAUCACACGAUGCUUCGAAGUGGCGUGCCGAUUCGAAAACUGCCGAAAGAAGAUAUUAGAAUUGCCGCAAUUAAUAGUAGAUGUGUGUCGCGUUGUCUACUUCAAGCACUCGUUAUCAGUGAGUUUGGUCACAAGUUUAGCAGCGAAUAACCAUGAUCUGCAGUGUAAUCUCGUACGGAAUGGCGUACUCUGGUCGUUGAUGAUUUUCAUGUUUGACUACGAUUACACGCUCGACGAAAGCGGUGUUAACACGGAUGAAAAGUCAAACAAUCAACAAGCAAGUAACAAUUUAGCGAAGCUAUCACUACUAGCUUGCGUUGCGCUGGCCGGAUAUCAUAUGACAUUGUUGGAAGAAGAUUCAUCCGUUGUCACGGGGAAAACAGUUCCCAAAUCGAAUCCCAUCUCUCGUAGCGAUUCUCCGCAACAGUUAACCGCACCAAGGAGCAAUUCUCUCACCCAAACGCAAACCUACUCUCAAAAUGCGUCCAAUUUAAUACAGAACAACUCUAGCCUUAUCCAGUCGGUAGCAACUAUCGAUCGCACGCUGUCCGAGCGGGCAGAAUCUCUUACGUCGACCAACACAACGGAAUCGAGCGAACCAAUCGAAUGCGAGAAAGGCAUUAACAAUAAAUACAAAAUUUCCAGUGCUGCCCCGACCAAUGUGGUCAUCAAAAAGAUUCUCGACAAACUACUAACAAUGUUCGUUGCGAACAAAAUGGUAUCCGAUAAUGAAACGGAAGUCCUAAAGCUGCUAAGUUCCAACACUCGCAAUCCGUACCUCAUUUGGGAUAACGGAACUCGUGCGCAGCUGCUGGACUUUCUGGAGUUCCAACGGUCGAACGCAUCCAGACAGCAGUACGAUAAUAUUGCCGAUGUUUACGAGUUGGUAAAGAACUUCUUCUACGAUGCUCAUAGAGAUGAGCUUAAAAUCGGUGGAAUAUUCAUCCGAAUUUACAAUGAAAUGCCGAGCUUCCCGAUUGUGAAUCCGAAGACCUUCGUGAUCGACCUGCUCGAGUUCCUCAAACAAGCCUUCAAUUAUCUAACAGCUAAAAACAUACGUCCUAUUCCGCCUCCGGUCAGUGUCAACAACGUCAACAGUCAGGGUAUUCUGAUUCCGACCAAAACGUGGAAACCUCUAGUCCCGGUGAAGAGCAACAGCAAUCCAGUGAACAGCAACGUGAUUAAUAACAAUAAUAACAACAACAGCAACAGCAUCAAUAACCACCGCAGUGCUGCCAAUCAGUUACAGAAACAGCAGGAUAUCAGCGCCGUACUCAGCGAGUACAGUCGAGCGAAGCAACGAAGUCAAUUAGCGAGGUCAGAUCCGUCCGGCUCGGAUGAGAGUUCCAAGGUCUACGAUUUCGCCUCGAAUCCCAACGCAAUCAAUCACAUCGUGAUGGCACUGAAGGCACUGAUUGCCGUUAUCAAAUCGAACAGCAACGUGGAAAUCCAGUGUAUCGGUCAUUUCGAAAUGCUGUUCGGAUUUUUGUCGUCCAGUUUAUGUGACCGGGAUAAGGUACUCAAAUCACUGUCACUGGAAGUGGUUUGCCUUGUGUCCCGAAACAAGGAAUGCGUGACGGAAAUAUCCGCUUGCGAAAUAUUCGGACUGUAUCUGGUGGCCCUCAAAGACAAGGAUCUGCGGGACGUCCAGCAGAAGGUGCUGGAAACCCUUUCCGGUUUGCUGAAUGUGCCAAAAAUGAUCAAAGAAGGUCACUCAAAGGGGGCGGUUAUCUAUUUGCUGGAUCUGUUCUGCAACUCCAACAACCCACAAAUUCGGGAAAGUUGUGCGGAACUUUUGUCGAAAAUGAAUGCCGAUAAGCUGAGCGGACCGAAGAUACGCAUCACCGUCUGCAAGUAUUUGCCGUCAGUAUUUCUGGACGCCAUGAUUGAUUCGCCGUCGGUGGCCGUGCAAAUGUACGAAUCUACCCACGAGCACCCGGAGCUAAUAUGGAACGAUCGGAUACGAAGCACGGUAUCGGAUGCGGUACACGACAUGGCGGACAGCUUCUACAUGCAGCAAAAGCAAAACCCAAAAACACUCUGGCGAGACCCGGAAGUGUUGCCGGAAAUUAUCUCCAACGAGCUUGUGGUUUCCGGAGUGUACCUACGGUUGUACAUAUCGAAUCCUGGAUGGACGUUGCGCAAACCGAAACAGUUUCUUUCUGAUUUGCUGGAUUUCAUAGUGGAUAAUAUUAGCCGAAAUGGGGUAGACAAAAAUGUGCUCGAUAUUUCGACCAACGCCCUCGUGUUACUGCUUAAUGCGCAGCCGAACCUGGCGGAUUCCGUGCCAGUACUAGGACACAUACCGAAAUUUUUCCGUCAAUUAUCGGUACAACCCAGGAGUGCUCUCACAGUAUUGCAUCAGUUGUCCCUUUCGGAGAUUUGUGUGAGUGCCAUUUCUCAAACCGAUUGCAUUCUUGCACUGAAGUCUUGCAUGGAAAGCCACCGCGAGCUACUGGCGGCAGCAUCAGAAACGUUGAGCAGGCUCUUUAAAUGCCAGCACGAUUCUCUCAUACGGCAGUCACUGGAAUGCCAGCUGAUUCCAUUCCUGCUGGGUCUGCUGGAGAGUCGAAUAGAAUCUACCACGAAUCCUGCGAUGGUGAAGGCACAGAUCGUUGCCGCCCUGAAAGCCAUGACAUCGAAUUUAACCUAUGGUGAUCGGGUUGCUCACAUCCUGAACCAAAAUCCGGUGUGGGCCGAAUAUCGUGAUCAGAAGCACGAUCUAUUCAUUACCGACACCAACGUGAGAGGUUAUCUAACAGGAGCCCCCAAUACCACCGCCGGCUAUCUGACACAGGGACCAGCCAAGAAUGUAGAGGUACUAACAUCACCGCCACCAAUGGACCGCGAUGAUCCACUGUUUGUGCGUAGUAGCAGUAACGACGCGUAAGUGUGCACGGCACGGAUUGGGUGACUCGCUGCUUUGGAAAUUGAAAGUUCUCCCUCAAAACGCGCAACCUAGAGCGAUCGAUGAUCGAAUGCUCUCUGGUUGGCGAUCGUUUAUCCAAAAUUCCAGUAGCUCUCAGCCGAGAUAACAUCCUACAGCACCACGUUCUCGGAUAGCAAGGACGCGUGGUGGUACCAUUCGUUCGGUAGUUUGUGUUCUGUAAAAGAACUGAUAUACAUAUUUUAGCUAGCAGGAAAAUAGCAAAGAACAAACCGUUUACAGUGACCGGGUGGUAGUACCGCUGAGGAAAAAAUAUCGAAAAAAUUACGUUGGUAAUUUACGAACAUCAGAUAAUAGCUUCUAAAGGUAUAACUGUACACUAUAUAUUGAAAAUUAAGGCAAUGAAUUUUUAUUAUAUUGUGAUAUUUUUAAAAUGUAAUUUAUAUGGUGAAGUCCAAAAAACUUCGAGAAAAAUAAAC